AUGUUAUCUUAUGAUGAUAAUUUACGAUUAAAAAUUCUAGCCUGGUUUAUUCAUUAUCCUUUUUAUAUAUUGUGGUUUAUUAUAAAAAUUUUUUUAAAUAAAAAACAAAAUGAAUGGGAUAAUAUUCAAGCACCACAAUUUCCACGAAUUAUUAUUAUAACAGGAGCUUCACAAGGUAUUGGUGAAGGUCUCGUAGAAUAUUAUUUGAAAAAUUGUUCGUCAUGUCAAAUAAUUAUUAUGAUUAGUCGAAGUAAAGAAAAACUUGAAAUAGUAAAAAAUCGUUUUAAUUCUGAUGAUCAAAAAAAAUUAAUGAUAUAUCCUUGUGAUGUAACUGAUUCCGAUGAAAUGAAACGUGUUCUUCUUGAUAUUCAUCGAACAUAUGGUCAAAUUGAUAUACUUUUUGCUAAUGCUGGUCUUUCAUAUCGUCAACAUGCAUUAACAAAUACAUUUGAUAAAGCAGUUCGUGAUACAUUUAAUAUUAAUAUCAAUGGUGUUAUAAAUACAGUUAUGCCAUUGAUUGAAGUUAAAGGCGUUAAACAAAUAGCUCUUAUAUCAUCACAAGCAGCUUAUGCACCAUUUGUAUCUCCUAUUUAUGGUGCUACAAAACAAUGUAUUCUUUCAUUUGGUCUUGAUCUUCGACGAUUACUAGCUAAAGAUAAUAUAGCUGUUAAUAUAAUUUCACCAGGACCUGUUUUAACACCAAUGCUUGUUGGCUCUUAUCCUCGAUCGGUUGAACGUGGUAUUUCAAUAGAUAAAGCUGUUCAAAUAAUUUUUCAUGGUCUUCGUCGAAAUCAAGCUGAAAUUGUUUUUCCUGCAUUUACUGGUGUUUUUAUGUAUACUUUAAGUUUUUUACCAUUAUGUAUUGCUGAACCUGUUGCAUCCUAUCUUAUGCGUGGACAAUAA